GCCUUAACCUCGAAGCAUCUCGACCCUCUCCCGCGAAUUCUAUUUACACGCUAACAGCGCCAUUCCGUCACCGUUACCGAUUUCAAACUCUCCUCCGGCGACAUAUUUGGAUCCCAUUAUGAGGACCCCUUUGCCCUCUACUCGGUUCAUCUUCGUGGCCUCGCUCUGUUUCCUCGCAAGCUUAUCACAAUUCGAGGCCAAAACCAUCGACCCCUACAAGGUUCUUGGGGUUGAUAAAAAUGCAAGUCAGCGGGAAAUACAGAAGGCAUUUCACAAACUCUCUCUCCAGUAUCACCCUGACAAGAACAAAGCCAAGAGUGCACAAGAGAAGUUUUCUCAGAUCAAUAACGCAUAUGAGAUUUUAUCGGAUGAAGAGAAGAGAAAGAAUUAUGACAUGUAUGGAGAUGAGAAAGGAAAUCCUGGAUUUCAAGGUGGCCAUCCUGGAGGCCAGGGUGGAUAUACUUAUUUUACAGGGGGUGGUCCUGGACAAGGCAAUUUUAACUUCAAACCUGGGGGGGACUGGCAGGGAAUGGGUGAUCAGGAAGGAUCUAAAUCAUUCUCCUUUUCCUUUGGCAGCUCGGGUGAUUCAAAUCCUUUUGGAUUUGGUUUGGAUGAUCUUUUUGGCAGUUUUUUUGGUGGUGGUGGAAAACAGUUUGGUGGUUUUGGCAGUUCAAGUAGUUCUCAAUCUGGGUCCAAGAGUUCUCCCAAAAGUCUUAGAGCUAUAAAUUCAAAUAUCUACAAGAAAGAAAUAGAAAGUGCAGGGAUGACUUGGCUUUUGUUAUCUUAUAUACCAUCAUCAAAGAAUAUUCAAUACUUUGAGUCCACUAUAGAGGAGGUUGCCAGUUCAUUGCAAGGAGCUUUGAAGGUUGGAAGCAUUAACUGUGAAAAGGAAGACUCAUUCUGUAAAGAGCUUGGCAUAUAUCCACGUAGAGCUCCAAGGAUUUUUGCUUUUUCUUACAAGGAGAAUGAAAAAGGUUCUUUGGUGGAGUACAGUGGAGACUUGGGUGUUAAGAAUUUGAAGUCUUUCUGUCAAGAACACUUGCCAAGGUUUUCAAAACGAACUGACUUGAAUCAUGUUGAUCAAUACAGCACUACUGCCAAGUUGCCUAGGGUGCUGCUUCUCUCCACCAAGAAAGACACUCCUGUAAUUUGGCGUGUUCUUAGUGGCUUGUAUCACAACCGCAUUACUUUCAGUGAUGCAGAGGUUCAUGAUGUUUCUGAUCCAAGAGUGAAAGUUCUAGGAGUUGAUGCACUUCCAGCUAUUGUAGGUUGGCUACCUAAUGGAAAAAAGCUUGUUCUGAAAACUGGGAUUUCUGUAAAAGAUUUAAAAUCUGCAGUUCUUGAUCUUAGUAACACACUUGAUUAUUUUGAAAAAGUAAGUAAAAAGGAAGCAUCAGGUCAGGCUAAGAAGGCACAAACUGAUUCAGAUGAGGGACGCAUACCAUUACUUUCUCGGUCAAACUUUGAGGCUCUUUGUGGUGAGAAAACUCCAGUCUGCAUAAUUGGUGCCUUCAGAUCUUCUAAAGCUAAAGAAAAGCUAGAAUCAAUCCUCUCUUUGGUCUCUCAGAAAUCUUUGUCAAGACGACCGAAUCAUGGAUCCAGCAGUUCUAGGGACUCAAUUUCCUAUGCUCUCUUGGAUGCUGCAAAGCAACAGUCAUUUCUAAAUGCAUUUGAUAAAAAAGGUUUUAAAUCAUCAAAUCAGUUGUUAAUUGCCUACAAACCUCGGAGAGGGAAGUACAGUGUAUUUAUGGAUGAAAUGAGCAUAGAAGAGAUAGAGAAUUUCAUCAGUUCUGUUCUCAGUGGAGAUAUACCCUUCAGAGAAACACGUAGGAAGCCUGUACUCGAGCAUUAGAUGACCAUAAACCUGGGUUUUGCACUGUUUUGGCUGCAUGCCCAUGUACAUACAUAGUCAAGAGAUAUAUAAAAUCUUGUUUUUUUGAUACUAUCAAGAAUACAGAUGAUCUAAGAUUCCAAGUAGGAUGGGAUGAGGAUAACAGCAAAUCGGAUAUUAUUAUUGUUGAUCCAUGCUUGUUCUUCCUCAAGGAUGCUUCAUUCAUCUAGCUUUUACAGA